AGCAGUGUCUAUCCGUCCAUCACGAUAUACGUUACGUUCAGGGGGGCUUGAGCGAGCAGAUAACUGCGCGAGUGUUGAUCUUUCGCGUCUGAGCAAAAGUGAAAUUCGGAUUCCGUGGCCGCGCGCGCCAACAUAUUCACAGCCACCAGUGCAGUGUUUGUUCCUCAAAAUUGGACAAUUAUUACGCGAAUGGGUUUGUUGUAGCAGAGUGGCGGCAAAAGUGGCACGGUGCGGUACCCCAUUUAGAUCUGAAAUAAUGCCCAAGGAGACCGAGACGCCCUCAGACGUCGAACAGUGCAAAAACCGCCUACUACGCGAGGAUCAACUGCGAUCGUAGCAGCUUUCGCAAAUAUAUUACCAUACCAUACCGUUCGAAGAAGUGUAUAGGAUCAAGUGAAUUCCCAAAAUAAAGAGAGAAAGAAAAAAAUGAGUCUCAAAACCAGAGGAAUCGUGUUUGCGACCUUUUUCGGCAGCUGUCUGAUCGUGGGCCUGCUGGUGGCGGCUUUAACCACGGACAACUGGGUGCAGGCCAAUCCGAAGCGGUACAACUCGAGCGAAUCGCAAGGACGAAUCCACUUUGGGCUGUUCAGCGGCCAGAAGCAUCUGAAUGUGGCGUACGGAUGGCGGCGGCAUGACGUUGAUGUGCUUGCCGUUCUCCAGGAGGAACCGGAUGUCAUGAGCUACUGGUUAUGGCUCGGAACGGCCAUCGGUACCGGUCUGGGAGCUCUGGGUGGCGCCGUCAGCGCCGUAGCUUCCGUCCUCAAAUCUUCAUCCGCCUCGAAGAAAACCGGCACCAUGGUGGUCCUGUUUGCAGCCAACAUCCUGUCCGGUCUCUCGCAGAUUCUGUCCUUCGUCUGCUGGAUGCUCCAAUUUCUCCAGUAUCUCACCCAUAACGUUCUGGUGGCGGAGGAUCGCGACAACAACUGGUACAGCAGUGGGUUGGCAUCGCUCAGUACCAGUUUCUAUCUGGUAGUGGCCGGCAUCGUGAUCGUAAUUAUCAACAUCACUCUGCUGAUUGUGGCCACCAGAAUGGAGAAGCGGGAACGGAACCGGGUACUGGAGGUACCCACUGACGAAAAAACGCAAGGAGCGAUCAUGCUGUACUGAGAAACCUGUCGUCCGUUGAAACUGAUCAUCCAUACUCCGUUGAACAAUGCUGAAUUUAGAAAGUAAUUUUCUACGAACUCAUCGCGCGCGCCGAAGUAACUCAAGUUAGCCAUACGUUGGAACUAAAGAUGGAAUAAAUCUUUAUUUUAUAAAUUUAGAUCUUAGUGCCUAGGAUAAGGACAACGCGUCGAAUUGCCAAUCGUGAAAUCGAACUUGUAAUUUUAUUUUUGAAUUGAAAUUCGUCUUUUACCUACUGA